UUGUUGUUGUUUUUUUUAAUGAGCGUUGCGUGACAAUCGUGACUGUUUUGUUGUUUGGCGCGCGAACAUGGCCUCCGCGGAGGGAGAAAGCGAAUGCACGGAAUUACUCACAGAAGCUUUGAUUAAUGCACAAAUUCAUAACAGCUACACCAUGGAUGAAUUUAAAGAACUAUUUCCCAGAAAGUACCGGGACCAUAAAGAUGUGAAGGUUUUGUACGAAGCCUAUCAAAGAAAGCGAAAACAAACAAGAGACAGAGUCCGGAAGAAUAUAAGAUCGUUUUGUAGGCAACGUGAUCAACAGGACGAUGCAUAUGAUAGUAAACAUGAGGAUGAAGCGUGGGAAUUAGAACAAAGAGAGGUGGUCCUGCAAGAGGAAAUAAAUUCAAUGCAACAAUAUAUUGAUGAACUUCAAGACAAACUUGGGAGUUGUGCAGAUGCCUUGGAAAAGAGAAAGUUCUUUUCUGGCUUGCAUGCAACAGAUUUUGAUGUCAACAAAUUUAAGGAGAAAAAUUGGUGAAACAUGGACAGAUAAAGCUAAAAGGAUUUUGAAAAUCAUUCACUAUAAUUUCUCUUUGAAUUUCAUCUUUUUGUAAAUAAUGCUAGCCGAUACAAACUGGUACAUAAUG